ACAGCCGCUGGAGGGCAGCGGAGGCGGGUUCGUGUUUCCCGGGCCGAACCGGGCUCUGGGGGGCGCGGGGCCUGGCCCGGGAGCGCGGCCCGUCCUGUCCUCGCCAUGAGGCCGCAGCAGGCGCCAGUGUCUGGGAAGGUUUUCAUUCAGCGAGACUACAGCAGUGGCACCCGCUGCCAGUUCCAGACUAAGUUCCCCGCGGAGCUGGAGAACCGGAUUGAUAGGCAACAAUUUGAAGAAACAGUUCGAACUAACCUUUAUGCUGAAGCAGAGAAGCUCGGGGGCCAGUCCUAUCUUGAAGGCUGCCUGGCUUGUCUAACAGCGUACACCAUCUUCUUGUGCAUGGAAACUCGCUACGAGAAGGUUCUGAAGAAAGUCUCCAAAUACAUUCAAGAGCAGAAUGAGAAGGUCUACGCUCCCCAAGGCCUCCUCCUGACAGAUCCCAUGGAGAGAGGACUUCGAGUUAUUGAAAUUACUAUUUAUGAAGACAGAGGCAUGAGCAGUGGAAGAUAAACCAUAGGAUUAAAGGCCCACCUCCAGCUGGGACCCUCAUCUGUCCACCGGCUGACCGCAGUGUGUCCCCCACCUCCUCUCCAGAGCAUCAUUCCUUCCUAUCUGCUGCCAGAGCCACGGUGCCAUUCACUCCAAGGACUGACUUUGUAAAAUUCCACACCUGGAGUGACGUCUAGUCGCUCAGCAUCCACUUUGUGUCUCCAAGUUGUGUAGGACUCUGUAAUCUUUUGAUUAGCUUUUGAGAAAACGCA